AUGACAGCCCUGCCACCCCUCUCGUCGGUCAUUCCGUCACUUAUCCUAGGCACAGCGACGUUCAACAUCCAGUACCACCCCAAUCCCGACUUCAACAACCUCUCGCUGCCUGUGCUCCGCGCAGCUUUCGCCGCCAACAUAACUGCCAUCGACACAUCACCCUACUAUGGUCCCUCGGAGCUCCUCGUGGGCGCUGCCUUGUCAGCUCUUGCGCCACCCCGCGACUCGCUCUUCCUCAUCACCAAGGCCGGCCGCGUCGGUCCCUCGGCGUUCGACUACUCGCCAGCUCACAUUCGCCAUUCAGUCCACCGCUCGCUGGCGCGCCUGCACACGCCGUACCUCGACGUCGUGCACUGCCACGACGUCGAGUUUGUCUCGCCCGCUGAGGUCCUCGCCGCCGUCCGCGAGCUUCGCGCCCUGCGCAGCCAGGGCCUCCUUCGCUACGUAGGCAUCUCCGGCUACCCGCCCGCCGUCCUCGCCGCGCUCGCUGAGAUGAUCCUGCGCGAGACGGGCGAGCCCCUCGACGCCGUCCAGUCCUAUAGCCACCUCUGCAUACAAAACGACACGCUCGCCUCCGACACUAGCCUCCUCGACCGCUUCGACGCCGCCGGCGUCUCCGUCGUCACCAACGCCAGCAUGCUGUCCAUGGGCCUCCUCACGACCCGCGGCGCCGACGCCGGGCCCCAGGCUACCUGGCACCCGGCCCCGCGGCCCUUGCGCACCGCGUGCCGCGAUAUUGGGCCCUUGGCCGCCGCCGAGGGCUCGUCGCUCGAAAAGGUCGCCCUGCACUGGGCCAUGUCUACGUGGGCCCGCAAGGGUGCCCGCUUCGGCACCACCGCCGGCGGCGGCAAUACGCGCAGGAUCGGCGUCAGCGUCAUGGGUGUCACCAACGCCCGGGAACUCGAGGAGACGAAUCGUGCGUGGCAGGACGUUUUGCUGGCGAUUGACGCGGGCGAGCGACCGGCACCCGCGGUCCGCACAGCAGAGGAGGAGGCCGCCGUGGCGCUCGACGAGAGAUUCCGAAAGCUUGUCGAGGAGAGCAUGUGGCCUGCGCUGGGCGGAUGGCGCAACUAUAGUUGGGAGAGCCCCCAAGCCGACUUUGUCAACACACGGUCCGAAUUUGGUGUGCUACCGACGGAUCUGGAUUCCGCACCUUGCGUAGCGAGUGGCGAUGACUCAAAUCUGCUGGUUGAGGCUCAACGUGACCUCGUUUCCACUGAAAGCGUUGCGCCGGUUCUCACUGGCGCCGCGUAA